AUGCCGCCGUUAUUUCCCGGAUUUGAGACAUUUCAGCAAACAUUCGGCAAUACGGUCUUGAGCGUCAGCCGACCACAGAAUGAAUUGAGGUCGAGGAGCACACCUUACCAGGCGCGGCCGGAACUCUAUAGUGCCUACUCGGUUGUCGAUGAUGCCAAGAACAAGGCCCAGAAGCUGAGCAACGAGGCUGCAAAGGAGUUUGAAGUUGCCAGCCAGAAGGCACAACAGAAGGCCGGCAAGAUCGAACUCUUCUCCGGAAAGUACUAUGCUGCUUGUACAUUUGGCGGAUUGCUUGCGUGUGGCUUGACACACACGGCCGUCACCCCUUUGGAUCUCAUCAAGACGAGGCGUCAGGUAAACUCGCAGCUCUAUAAGAGCAACGUCCAGGGAUGGAAGGUCAUUUACAGCGCCGAGGGAGUUCGGGGUAUCUUCACAGGAUGGAGUCCCACCUUCUUCGGCUACUCCGCCCAAGGUGCUUUCAAGUACGGCUGGUACGAGUUCUUCAAGAAGAAGUAUUCCGACCUGGCAGGUCCGGAGAAUGCCUACAGGUAUAAGACCGGCCUGUACCUCGCCGCGUCUGCGUCCGCCGAACUCCUUGCCGACCUUGCCUUGUGCCCCUUUGAGGCCGUCAAGGUCCGCAUGCAGGCCUCGAGCCCGCCAGUGUACAGCGGGACCGUGGACGGCAUCACCAAGAUCCUGGCCAAGGAGGGCCGGUCCGGCCUGUAUAAGGGACUCUACCCGCUGUGGGGUCGACAGAUCCCUUACACCAUGAUGAAGUUCGCGUCGUUUGAGACCAUUGUCGAGAUGAUCUACGACCGCCUACCAGGCCAGAAGAGCGACUAUGGCAAGGCAGCCCAGACCGGCGUCUCCUUCACCGGUGGCUACAUGGCCGGUAUCCUCUGCGCGCUUGUGUCCCACCCCGCCGACGUCAUGGUCAGCAAGUUGAACGCAUACCGAGAGCCAGGGGAGGCGUUCGGAGCCGUCCUCUCGAGAAUAUACAAGGACAUCGGCUUUAAGGGCCUCUGGAACGGACUUCCCGUCAGAAUCGUCAUGAUCGGUACCUUGACGGGCCUGCAAUGGAUGAUCUACGACUACUUCAAGAUCUUCAUGGGUCUUCCCACGACCGGUGGACCGGCUCCGCCCGCGAAGAUCAAGGAAUGA